AGGGAGUAAUAAAUAUGCUUUAUGCUGAACUGAAUUGAGUGCGUGGAAGCUUGGGGAGGCAGCUUACUAUACGUGUAUCUGUAAAUGCAAUAAAGACACAAAUACUCACAGGAGAUUAUUUUUCAAACACUUAAUUUCCCCCUUUCCUCCUCGUAAUAUUCAACUCAAUUCAUCACAUCAUCUUCUUCAGACAAACAACUAUACUCACUUCGGAUCAUCACAUCAUCUUCUUCUUGACUUCAGAUCCACAUUUCAAACCCUAAUCAUUCGCUUGGUCCCCCCCUCUCUGUAAUAAUACAAUUCUACACACAAACAAUAACAUCAUCAUCAUCACAUCCACAUUCCAAGACCUAAUUACUCGCCAAACCACUCUCGCUCUCAUGGAGGAGGCCUUAGAAUUGGCGAGAUCGAAUGAUACCAAGAAGCGAAGGGCGGGAGUGGAUCGGCUGCAACAGCUUCUUGAAGAUUCAAGAAAGUGCUUGUCAUCGUCGGAAGUGACGGCGCUAGUCGACACGUGUGUUGAGCUUUUGAAGGACACCGAUUCUAGGGUUUCGGAGGGCGCGCUUUUGUUGCUGUCGUCGGCCGCGGAGUUGUUUAAGUUGCAUUCUGAUAGAAUUAUGACGGCGGUUGUUGAUAGGUUGUGGGAUGGGGAGCAGCGGGUUCGAGACUCGGCGAGGAGGCUGUUGAUUACCCUUAUGGAGGUGAGAGAUAUUAGUGCCAGGCUGGAGCAGAUUCAGAUUCAACCAGCAACUUCCGUCUCUUCCAUCUCUGAAGGACUUAAUACUGAGACGAGCAAGCAAAAACCAUCAGAGAAUUCAAAGGAUAAUGAUAAAGGAAUUGAGCCCCUACUGGAACUGCCGGAAGAUAUUAUCUUUCUACAAAUUCUGCCUAAGUUGAACAGCCUAGAUGUUCUUCCCCUGGUUUUGGUGGCUAGGAGUUGGGCCUCCUUUCUUUUGCAUGAGGGACCCAGACUGAUGUUAUUCAACCCACCUAAAAAUCCUACACCUAAACACACUUCAAUUUUAUUUGAUGUAAGCCCGAUUCCGUACUCUGUUUCAGUUUUGUUAUCCCCAGAGAGCCGCCAACUGUGUCAGUCUAGGUGUAUAAUUGUUCCAAUCUUGAAUUCUGGUAUAAAACAUGCUGUUCCAAUUUUCACUGACUACCCAGAUUUUUUAAAGCAGGGGGAAGUCCCAACUGUAGUGGGAUCUUCCAGUGGUAUUAUAUGCCUCUAUAUCACCAGUUCUCCCUCUAGAUACAUCCUGCUAAACCCCUUAACAAAACAUUAUAAAGAGGUUGGGGCCCCUUAUAUUUUUGUACCAGAUUGUGAGCAAGCUUCUGUAACUUCUGGAUUCUUUUAUGAUGAAUGGACUGAUGACUUAAAGAUCGUACAAUUGUUGAGAUGGGAUCAAAGGCUUACGAGCUUGGAUGCUCCGGGACCCAAAAAGAUACAUGCGCUUCGCGUUUGUUCUGUAAAUUCUGCAAAUUGGGAAGUUGUUGACUUGGGGCCAAUGAAAGUCUCCGAUCGUCUUGGUGGUGUGUUAUUUUUGCCGAAAGCUCUCGUCACAUUUGUAGAUGCGUUUGCUACAGAGCCGGAGAUUAACUUUUGGUUGGAUUUUCGUGAUUGCCGUCUAAAGGCAGUUCCGGAAUUAGAAGGGGCUGAACUCAGUAUGAAAUCGGUUUGGUGGAAUAACCAGGUUGGUGUUAUUGUUGGAACUGACAGCAUUUAUGUCCUUGAUGAGGAGUUUGCAGCCUGGUAUUACUGCACAGUGCUUCCGGACGUGGGAAAUUGUGUAUUCUGUUUAGAUGAGAACAAAAUUGUGGGGAUGGGGGCUGGGGAAAGCGGAAGCGUAAAUGAUUACAAUAUUCUUAAUUCCACAAGCGGCGAAAUCCAACAUAUAAUCUCGUUGCCUUCUUGCAGGGUUUUUCCGUAUGUUCCUACAUUCUACUAUAUCGAGGGAAUGGCUAAUUUUUAGACUUUUGCAAGUCACAAUGUAAUAAAAGAAUGUAAACAGUACAUAGCAGCAAUACCUCUCUAUAGCAUAUAGUUUCAGAUACAACAUGUAUUGUGAUGCCAGCUUGUAGAGUACAAGUAUUAUUCUAGGUGAUUGAUUGUUGAGAAUAAUAGAGGCAACCGGUUGCAUGAUGGUAUCCUUGAAACUUUCAUAAUUACUAAUAUCGAACUCAGAUAGCAUGCAAUUUUU